AUGUAAAUACCUUCUGAUGUAGAGGAAGAACAAAUUUUGGACCAAUAUGUUCUUUAAUAAGACCAAGGAUUCAAUUAAUAUCCAUUGGAGUAUGAAAUUGUAAAAAAUAAUAUAUUAUAAAUUUUAGUUAAUGCCAGAACAAUUAGUAACUAAAACUUAAACAAUUAGUCAAAUUAUUAACCCGAAAAAGNAACUUAUUAGAUAAUUUAAAGAGUUUUAGGAAUGA